AUGGCAACCACGACCGUUCCUCCUCCUACCUACGUGGUCGGUGACUCCCCGCCCUCCUAUGAGGAGGUCGCCAACAAAGUCAACCAGCUGGUGGGCAGUGACGCUACGCCCCAGAAGUAUUUGGACGUCGCGACUUCACUCUCUGAAGAGGAACGAAAAGUUCUCAGCGAUGGAGCCGAGGCCAACAAUCCCAUCAAGACCGAGGAUGAUAAGAGAAAGCUGUCGCUGGGUGCCGCAAAGACCAUGUCCAAGGAGGACACAGUGGCCAAAUUGCAAGAGGACGCAAGUGCUGCUGGCAAGGCAGUCGUGGCGAUUGAUACCUCGUUCACAGCUUUGCAAGUGAAGAUUGCGGAAAUUGAUCAGCUCGAACAGACAAACUUUCUGGUGCAGUUGAAUGACAAUAAAACCAGUUUCUGUUAUGGGACACGAAUCCUUUAUGCUGAUUUAAUUCAUCUUUGCAAGAAAUACAACGCUGUUCUCACCACUAGCCGCACUUUGGCAGCCGACAUCAGCCAGUAUGGCUCCAACGGAUUCAGAGCCAAGAGCGAACAGAUCAAUAAAGAUUUCGAUGCUCUAGUCAACGACUUCAUUGUGUUUAAGGCUCAGUUCGUUCAGUGGGGUCAAGAUAAGCAAGGGGAACUGAGGCAGGACAUAGCGGACCUACUUGCAGACAUCGGCGUCUUGAAUGACAAGUUGGCCAAGCUGCGUAUAUCUCUGUUGGCCCUCGGUGUGGGUCUGGGAGCUGGCCUGGCAGCAGCUGGUAUUGGACUUGCCUUGUCGGGACCUGUUGCUCCAUUUAUCUUGAUCGGUGGUCUUAUUUUCGCUGGAGCCACAGCUGCUGCAGUGGCCGGCAUCGCCAUUUCCAUGGGCAUUAUACAAAAUGAGAUUGAUGCGAAAAACCAGCAGGUCAAGGAUAAGAACGCCGAGAUCAAUGCCAUUGAUCAAGCUCGAACAGGCUUGGAGACCUUGGGCGAUGAGCAGUUUACCGUUUUCCAACAAAACGUUAAGGUCCUCCAGAGUUACUGGACCGAGGUGCAGGCCGAUGCAGAACAGAUCAAAGAUUGGCUGCAAGAGGGAGCUGACUCGGCGACUUCGCUCAACGAGGCUGUGUCUAUUUACGCAUCUUUGGGCAAGUAUAUGGAUGCGUAUGCCAAGGGCACCACGAUAUAA